AUGCAGAUCCCCCCUUUGCAAACCGAGCCCCAAAAGGCCCAGUCCACCCAUCGACCCAUCGUCCAUUGUCCAUCAUUGUCCACCUCCACUCAGGAUGCCCAAGUGGUAAGGCUCUGCCCGACAGAAGCGCCGCCUGCUCCUCUUUGUGCUGGUGCUGCAGUGCUUUACGCUUUGUGUCUCUCCGGGCAGAUGCUCUACAUAGGACAAAGCGAUCACUUCCGACAGCGGAUGCGGCAACACCGGCAGCGCUUCGGAAGGCGGCUGGAAAGUGUGCUGCUGUUGCCUGUUGCGAACACUGCAGAGGCACGGCAGCUGGAGACCACUUUGCAGCGCCAGCUGUUACGUGCUGGAAUCGCUUUGGAGUCCAGCCAUGAUUCCCAACACAGGAAUUUCUCUGCGCGGAAUGCUCUCAAGCUUGAUCAUCAGGUCGCAAUCGCUGAAGCAUUUGAUUCUUCGCAGGAGACGACGCUCGAGGGCGCUUCGGCCGGCCUGGCUGCUGAGAGGCGGAGGCUGCAGUGCUUGGCGGCGGAGCUGUUGGAGGUCGCGGAACGCUUGGAGCGGCACUCCACUGAGCUCUGA